AUGGCGGCUCUGGAGAACGCCCUCCACUGCAGAAAGCUGGUCCUGCUGAGCCUUCUCUCGGCCGUGCUGUGGGAGGCUGGGGCCGGGCAGAUUCGCUAUUCCGUGUCGGAGGAGGUGGACAAAGGCUCCUUCGUGGGCAGCAUCGCGAAGGACUUGGGCUGGGAGCCGCAGGCGCUGGCGCAGCGCGGCGUCCGCGUCGUCUCCAGAGGUAGGGCGCAGCUCUUCGCCCUGAACCCGCGGAGCGGCAGCUUGGUCACCGCAGACAGGAUCGACCGCGAGGAGCUGUGCGCACAGAGCCCCCGCUGUCUCGUCAACUUUAACGUUUUGCUGGAAGACAAACUGACUGUUUAUUCCGUAGAGGUGGAAAUCACAGAUGUGAAUGAUAACGCCCCUCGCUUUGCAGUGGAGGAGCUGGAGCUCAAAAUCAGUGAAACCACUGCUCCAGGAUUUCAGAUCCCCCUGAAGAGUGCGCAUGACGCUGAUGUGGGAGACAACGCCCUGCAGAAGUACCAGCUCAACUCAAAUGCCCACUUCUCCCUGGAGAUGCGGAAUGGAGUAGAUGGGAACAAGUAUCCCGAGCUGGUGCUAGAGCGGGCUCUGGAUCGCGAGGAAGAGGCUAUGCACCAUCUCCUUCUUGUUGCUUCAGAUGGGGGCAACCCGGUAAGAUCUGGCACCUGCCGCAUCCGUGUGAAAGUGCUGGAUGUGAAUGAUAACGCUCCUGUUUUUACACAGUCCGAGUACCGAGUAAGUGUUCCAGAGAAUAUACCAAUAGGCACCCGAAUAGUCACGGUGACCGCCACUGAUGCCGAUGAAGGAUACAAUGCACAAGUGACAUAUUUUCUAGAGCAAAUCCCUAGAGCAACUACAGACAUAUUUGAAUUGACGUCAACAUCUGGAGAUCUAACAAUCAUGAAAAGUCUCGAUUAUGAGGAAGCUAAAGUCCAUGAAAUUGAUAUCGAGGCUCAGGAUGGUCCAGGCCUUCUAACCAGAACAAAGGUCAUCAUUACCGUUUUGGAUGUGAAUGACAAUGCCCCAGAAUUUUACAUGACUUCUGCCACCAGCUCAGUUCCUGAAGACUCUCCUCCAGGAACCAUAAUUGCGCUUUUCAAUGUACACGACAGAGACUCUGGACAAAAUGCUUUUGUCGCCUGUUCACUCCCAGAGGAACUGCCUUUCAAGUUAGAAAGGUCAGUGGACAAUUACUACAGACUGGUUACAACCAGAACCCUUGACAGGGAACAGGUUUCCUUUUACAACAUCACUCUGAGUGCCACAGAUGGAGGGGACCCACCACUGUGCACAGAUGCUCAUGUUGUGCUACAGGUAGCAGACAUCAAUGACAACCCACCAGCCUUCCCGCAGGCAUCCUACUCUGUCUACCUUAAGGAAAACAACCCCCGUGGCACCUCCAUCUUUACAGUGUUGGCUCAUGAUCCAGACAGCGAACACAACGCCCAUGUCACUUACUCUCUGGCUGAGGAGACCUUUCACGGAGCACCUCUCUCCUCCUACAUUUCCAUCAACUCUGACAGUGGGGUCCUCUAUGCUCUGCAGUCUUUUGAUUAUGAGCAAUUCCAGAACCUACAGCUGUGGGUGAUAGCGCUGGACAGCGGCAAACCUCCCCUCAGCAGCAAUGUAUCAUUGAACCUGUUCUUGGUGGACCAGAAUGACAAUGCACCUGAGAUCCUAUACCCUGUCCUCCCCACCGAUGGUUCCACAGGUGUGGAGCUGGCUCCCCGAUCUGCAGAGCCUGGUUAUCUGGUGACCAAGGUGGUGGCAGUAGACAAGGACUCAGGACAGAAUGCCUGGCUGUCCUACCGCCUGCUCAAGGCCAGUGAACCUGGGCUCUUCAUGGUGGGGCUGCACACAGGUGAGGUGCGCACAGCAAGGGCCCUUGUGGACAGAGAUGUGCUCAAGCAGAGCCUGGUGGUGUCUGUGCAGGACCAUGGCCAGCCCCCUCUCUCAGCCACUGUCACACUGACCAUCGCAGUGGCUGACAGUAUUCCAGACAUCCUGGCAGACCUCGGCAGCCUCCAGACCUCCACUGAUCCACAGGAUUCAGACCUCACGCUCUACCUGGUGGUGGCAGUGGCUGUGGUGUCUUGUGUCUUCCUGGCCUUUGUCAUUGUGCUGCUGGCACUCAGGCUGAGGCGCUGGCACACAGCGCGCCUGCUCCCGUCCUCCAGGAAUGGGUUGGCUGCCAUGCCUGCCUCUCACUUUGUGGGCAUGGAUGGAGUUCAGGCUUUCCUUCAGACCUAUUCCCAUGAGGUCUCCCUCACCGCCGACUCCCGCAAAAGCCACAUCAUCUUCCCUCAACCCAACUAUGCUGACACACUCAUCAGCCAGGAGAGCUGUGAGAAGAAGGAUUUUCUAUCUGCACCUCAGUCUUUACUUGAAGAUAAAGAGGAAACAUUUUCUCAGGUAAACUUGUGA